GAGCCAAGAUUUGUCCGCCAAGCGAGCCGUUGAUUGUUGCCCAAUGAUCGUUUGAUGGCAUUCGGAAGGGCGGAGCUUGUUUACUUUGAAUUUCGGAGUCUAAAUAAGCCGGGUGCCGAAUGCCCGCCUUAUUCUGUAGUUGUAUUUGGAGAGAAGAACAAUGCCUGAGCCAGCGAAGUCCGCGCCGAAGAAGGGUUCUAAGAAAGCCGUGACCAAGACGGCUGGCAAAGGCGGUAAGAAGCGCAGGAAGUCCAGGAAGGAGAGCUAUGCCAUCUACGUGUACAAAGUGCUGAAGCAGGUGCACCCCGAUACCGGCAUUUCCUCCAAGGCGAUGGGCAUCAUGAACUCGUUCGUCAACGACAUCUUCGAGCGCAUCGCCGGUGAGUCAUCCCGUUUGGCUCAUUACAACAAACGCUCCACAAUCACUUCCAGGGAGAUUCAGACCGCCGUGCGUCUGCUUCUUCCCGGUGAGUUGGCCAAGCACGCCGUGUCUGAGGGCACCAAGGCCGUCACCAAGUACACUAGCUCUAAGUAAGAAGUGACUUUUUUUUUAUUUUAUUUUUUCUUCC